AUGAAGAAGAAGAAUACGAAGAGCAAGAACCAGAACCAAAAUGACAAAGGUAAUGAAAUCCUUAUUCCUCCUCAUCUUCUUCUCCGUAGUAAAGUUGCAGUAUCUUCUCCUGAUAAUAGUAGUACCGGUGAAGUUCAAGUAGUCUCUGUUAGUAGUAACGCAAAAAAACCUUGUAGUGAUAAUCAUAUAUUAUGCGAUGUACUAAGUAGACUUCCAGUUAAGUCACUUAUGAGGUUUAAAGCUGUUUGUACCCAUUGGAAAUCUCCUAUCGAACGAGAUUCAUACUUAUAUGGUUUACAUACUGCUCGUUCAAAAGCUCUUUUAGGUGGUCCAAAACCACUCUUGUUUAUCAGCUCAGUGGAACCUGAACCUGAGCCUGAACCUAACCAGGUUGGAGGUAUUAUUGAAUUCUCAACUGCUUCACCUUAUAGACAACCCGAAGUUAAGAAAUUAGCACUAGAUCGUAGUGAGUACGGGCUUCCAAAACAGACAGUUAAUGGUUUGGUAUGCAUCACUGCUGGGUAUGAGGCCUUUAUCAUAUAUAAUCCUAGCACUGGAGAAAGGUCACCUUGGAUUUCGACUACUAAAGAUUCUCAAGAAAAUCAAGGGAAAGGAAGACGCGAGGUAGCCUGCAUUGCGCUUGGAUUUAGUCCAGCAACCAAUGAACAUAAAGUUGUGUGCAUAUCGAGUAUUAAGAGAAACCCUGAUUCUGAAACUUAUAAGAAUUGUUGUGAUUACCCUGAUAAAGAGGACAUAGAUGGUGAAGAUCAAGUAUGUGAAGUCAUGACUAUUGGUGAGAAUACACGGAGAAGGAUUGAUGAAAUUCCACCCUAUAGCUUAGGAAAUAAGGAAGUUUAUAGUGGUGGUGGACCAGACAACUGUGAUAGUAGUUCUGUUUAUGUGAAUGGUUCAAUAUAUUGGCGGUUCCGGUACACCCGAAAAGGUGAAGUUGUAAUGGGAUUCGACUUGGAGAAGGAAAAGUUCAGAGUUAUCCCAAUCCCUGAUUAUGUCAUUCAUCCCCUGGAGCGGAAAUACUCACAAACUGUUGAGUUAAUGGAAAUUGAUGGGCAUGUCGUUGUAUUUAAAUGGAUACGGGAGAACGACAGUUCUGUAUUGGUUAUUGAUGAAGAUGGUGAUAGCAUUCAGUGGACUGAAGAGAAGCUUUUAAUGCCUUGUGGCUGGAAUGCAAAACCAAAUCUUACUAUUGUAGCUCUUCCUGGAACAAAUCUAAUCAUUCAGAAAUCGCAAUAUUCAGACACUAUCUAUUAUUGCUGCAGGAAAACAAGUGUGCUCCGUGCAAACAAAAUCUCAUAUGAGCAUCAUAGUCGAUUGGAACAGAUUACUUAUCUGGAUGAAAACCUUGCACCUGUCUAUACACGGCGUUGCUGCAUGUUCUGA